AUGGCCUUCUGUCCUUCAAAGCUCAUCCUUUCCCUCCUUUUUGUUAUUGCCACAACAGCAUCCGUAGCCCACAGCAUCCCGGUCGUGGACCAACAGCUGUUACUGUCAGUAGCAGGUCGGGUGGUUUGCACUCUCCUGGGAACUAACUGUACUACCUGCCCAGGGAUUGCUGGGGUUAACGUGAUCUUGUCGUGCAACGGAGGUCAAACAACCCUUGCACAGGCCAUCACAACCCGUGGAGGGUCAGUGAAUCUCACCCUAUCAGCUCCAUUUGUUCCUCUCUUUCACCCAUCGCAGCAAUGCUUUGUCUAUGUAAAACUCCCCAUCGCCACUUGCAAGGUUUUCCCUCCCACCGGAAUCCUACGUUCUCCCUUUACCUUUGUGAACAUUGUACAAGGAGCCGCUGGUCUAAUUAUCAACUUAACUUUCGGCGUAUUAUCUUAUGUUAACUAG